GCUCCGGCCCGCCUCCAGCUCCACAGCGGCGCUCAGCGGAACCAAAAUGCGAGGAGGAGGCGGGCGGGGAGGGGAAGCCGGAGCGGGAGCCGAGCCGCGGGAGACAUGAGCACCACGAAGGACGUGACCUGCAGGUAUUUUAUGCAAGGAGUGUGCCGAGAAGGAAGUCGAUGCCUAUUUUCACACGACUUGUCAACAAGCAAACCAUCAACUAUAUGCAAAUUCUACCAGAAAGGACAGUGUGCCUAUGGAACUCGCUGCAGGUAUGAUCAUGUUAGACCUCCUGCAUCUUCUGCAUCAGGUGUUAUGGUUGGAACCAGACCACUUUAUGCUUCUGCACCACCAUUUCACAGUCUUAACGCUCUUCCAGACCAAAAUACACCGGUAACAAAAAGUAAAGUACAUGAGCCUGGAAAACGGGAAAAGAAAACUUUAGUACUCAGGGACAGAGAUUUAUGUGGAUCCAAUGAAGAAAGGACGAGAUCCAGCUCUCUGAGCGAUUCUGCAAGUUGCAGUCUUCCAGUGCUUCCUCCCGAAACAAAGCCCCAUUCGUACUUGGAUGCAAUCCGCAGUGGGCUUGAAGAAGAGGAUGCUGAACCAGGGAGUUCGUACAUGGAUGGCGAACAGUUGUGUCCCUAUGCGGCAGCUGGCAUGUGCCAGUUUGGUGACCGAUGCAUCUACCUCCAUGGGCAAAUGUGUGAAAUCUGCGGCUUACAAGUUCUUCACCCUUUUGACCCAGAACAGAGGAAAACACACGAGAAGAUGUGCAUGGCAACCUUUGAACAUGAGAUGGAGAAGGCCUUUGCCUUUCAGGCAAGUCAGGACAAGGUGUGCAGCAUCUGUAUGGAAGUGGUGUAUGACAAGCCAUCUGCAUCAGAACGAAGAUUUGGGAUCCUUUCCAACUGCAACCACACCUACUGUUUGUCCUGCAUCCGACAGUGGCGGGGAGUCAAGCAGUUUGAGAAUCCCAUCAUAAAAUCCUGCCCAGAAUGUCGUGUGAUUUCAGAGUUUGUAAUUCCCAGUGUGUAUUGGGUUGAAGACCAGACCAAGAAGAAUGAGCUCAUUGAAGCAUUUAAGCAGGGGGUGGGGAGAAAGGCCUGCAAGUAUUUUGAGCAGGGCAAGGGGACUUGUCCCUUUGGAGGGAAAUGUCUAUACUUACAUGCCUAUCCAGAUGGGAGACGGGCCGAACCAGAGAAACCGCGCAAGCAGCUCAGCUCUGAAGGGACUGUCCGGUUCCUCAAUUCCGUUCGCCUCUGGGAUUUUAUUGAAGACCGAGAAAACAGGACAGUACCAGUUGCCACCGAUGACGUAACUGAGAUUGGAGGGCUUUUUAUGCGUCUUUCUGGAGCAGAUGCUGAAUCUGCUGCUCCUCCCUAGAAUACCACUAGCUCUCCCUCAUGUUCUUUUCUGUAGAAUGCCUUCUGUUUCUUAACUAACUUUGUACUGUUUCCCAUAAUAAUUAGAAUUACUGUGCCAUGGAGACUGAGGUCCUGGUGAAAUUCUAGUACAAGUCUGUCACUGUAGAGAGAAAAACAUUGAAGCAUAAUUAAAGGAGUACUUGGUAGAUGCAA